CGCUAAAAGCCUCGACCAAUUUCGUUUUCUGCUCUACCUUCCAAAGUUUCUUACUUCAAUCAACCUAGCAAAUGGCGGUGAAGAUCCGAUUAGAGAGGUGCGGAUGCAGAAACAGGCCAUUUUACAGGAUCAUUGCUGCUGACAGCAAAUCCCCAAGAGAUGGCAAGCUUCUUCAAGUUCUUGGUUUCUAUGAUCCCUUGGCUGGUAAAGAGGACAAUAAGAAAGUGCGCCUCAAAUUUGACAGUGUGAAGUAUUGGCUAUCUGUUGGUGCUCAGCCUUCAGACCCUGUACGGAACAUUCUUUUCCAAGCAGGACUACUAUCCCCACCACCGAUGGUGGUAAUGGGACACAAAAGUGGACCACGUAAAACAGGUCCUAUUGAUCCAAUGACAGGUGAUGCGUAGAAUUCAGAGAACAACACUCUUGGUUUUCUCCUAUGUGGGCAUUUCUCUUAGUGUUUGGACUUUUAGGGUUAGGGUUGUUUACCAGAAGAUGAACAUAUGGACCUGAGCUCCUGUGAUGAAUUGCUCACGAAGUUAGCUGAAUGCUAUGAAUGAAAUUAAGAGUUAUCUUGCUUUUGUUCA